CUAGCUAGUUAGUAGAAAUCCAUAGCAGAUUUGAACCUUCAUGACUGCUGCUUUCCAUCAGGUCUUCUUCUACAUAAAGCUCUGUUAUCAUUAGUCUCGACCGGUCGGUGCAAAUUUUCCGUCUCCCACGCGCAAAACCCACCUGUUGUACCCCGCUUCAUCGAUAGAACGAGAGCUUUUCUGCCCCCGGCGCGUACUCGAACCAUUUAUAAACCUUACCUCCACCUCAUCACGAAUACAAGAAUGCCCGGCUCCGUCGACCAAGAAAACGACCAGUCCAUGAUGGACGCCGGCCCGGAGCAGCAGUAUGAGCAGGAAGAUGUUCUUGAGUUGGAAGACAAGCGCAUCGUUGUCCUACCCGGAGCCACCGAGACCGCCGCCUCUUUCCAAUUCGACGGAGAAGGUCAUACCUUGGGUAACGCGCUACGAUACACAAUCAUGAAGAACCCCCAGGUCGAAUUCUGCGGUUAUACUAUCCCUCACCCUUCGGAGACUAAGAUGAACCUUAGAAUCCAGACUUUUGAUACGACGACCGCUGUGGAAGCCCUGGAGAAGGGUCUGGACACCCUUAUGGACCUGUGUGAUGUCGUUACGGAUAAGUUCACUGUCGCGCGCGAUGGCUUCAAUGCGUCUAAGACGGAUCGCAUGGAGUCGUAAGCCUCGUCUGUCAAUUUUGCGCUUUGGUUGCUCUUUUUGCGCUUGAGGUGAUCGCAACUUUUUCCAUUCUGUGUAUUGGUAUCUCUUCUUCGGCGUUGUAUCUAGAGAAAAGUCUUUAUUUGGUCUGUCAUGUGAUUAAGGUUCUACAUGAUUGAGCUUCCUUGUGCAUUGAGCGGUGUGUUUUAUUUUAUUUUUUGGUGAUGUCGGGGCAUAAAUAGUAUCGAAUACCACAAUGAGGUUUGAGUCUGC